GUUGUUUUCUUAUAUUUCACUCUUCCCUAGCCCAGUUUAUGGUGACUCAGAUCGGUGGGAAUGUAGUCGCCUUGGCCAGCGUUGCACAUCGGGGCUACUACCUCGGGAUAGAUGGCGCACAAGUCAGAGGGAAGUUCUUUGACAACUACUGUCACUUCUACAUACACGAGUCUCCCGACCAUUACGCUUCUCUGGAGUCAUGCAUGUUGCCGAGGCAACACGUUGGCGUUGACGCAAAUGGAUGCGUGUUGUCACCUGCGAGCUGUUACAAGAGUGAGCCCGCGUUCUUUGAGGCCAAGCUACUGUUCAGUCCGUAUGGUCAGACAUAUGUCCCAGACCACAGAACCACAGGAGGCUACCCAGCACCAACCCCAAGCUAUCCUCAACCCGGGACCUAUCCCCCACCACACCUCUCUGGUGGAUACCCUCAACCCCCUCCUCCACACGGAGGGCACCCUCAUCCUCCCCCACCCACUGGAUAUCCAGGUGGCUACCCUGGCACACACACUGCUCCUCCAGCAGGUGGCUAUCCCACUGGACAGCACCCACCACCACCCCCAGCCGGCUACCCUGGAUAUGGCCCCCCUCCUGCAGGGUACGGCCCAGCUCCGGCAGGGUACGGCCCACCUCCAGCAGGGUACGGCCCACCUCCACCUAGCUAUGGUCCACCUCCUCCUUACUAAUGUGUACGUUGGAGCGCUGAUGAGAUGUUGGAGCGCUGAGUAAUGUGCUGUUAAGGGUCCUCUGUCUGGAAAUAGAUUGUUCCGGAUGGCAAUUUUUCGUUGUAUAUCAUAAAGGUAUAUUUACUAAUUUGUACUUCAAACAAAUCGUUGCGUUUGUAAAAUAACUGGAAGAAAAUUGACUAAGCAUGUCCAACCAUGUUUAAGUUUUGCCUUUGAUUUUUUGUGUCUUAUCAUACAUAGCCAUUGUAAGGACAGAUAAAGGUCAAAAGAACUUAAGUCGCGAGUCCUUGUAGGUCAUAAUAAGAUCACGUACCAUUGUAUUGUUUCGUAUCAUAGAAAGGUCACAUGACCCAGUCAUAAGGUCACGUGUCAUAGAAAUGUCAUGUGCCAUUGUAAGUUCACGUGCCAUUGUAAGGUCACGUGUCAUAGAAAGGUCACGUGCCAUUGUAAGUUCACGUGCCAUUGUAAGGUCACGUGUCAUAGAAAGGUCACGUGCCAUUGUAAGUUCACGCGUCAUAGGAAGGUCAUGUCCCGUAAGAAGAUCACGGGUCACGUGUCAUAGUAAGGUCACGAUCUGACUGCGUUCUGUCAUAAGGUAACAAAAUGUCAAAAUACUUAUGAAUAAAAAUAAUUCAGUUCCCAAAAA